AUGGCUGACCAAUAUUCAAAGAAAUUAGCAAAAGUACCUUUAGCCAAGCCAGGCUUCGAUUCCUUAGGCAUAUCGGCACCUGUGCUAGUACAAAUGAAUCCCGAGGGCAAAUGGGAGAAUUGUAAACCAGGUAACAUGGACGAAGAGAAGCUAAAGGCAGUUGUUACACAUUUGGUUAAUUCGAAAACAAUUUCUGCCGCGCAAAGUUAUUGCUGUCAAUGUGCAGCUGAAAGUCAGAAAGAAAGUGGAAAAUCAAACUAUGUACCAGUUAUCAUGAUGCCUAUCUAUCCUGCUGACCAGUGCCCUUUCGACUUAGAAUGUGAAAUACAAAAAAUGAAAGAAACUGAACAGAAGUCUACAAAGCAAACUGUAGCUAAAGAACAAGAAAAAGAUGUAGAAAAAGAUAAGGAUAAAAAGAAACUUAAAAAACGGACUUUUGUACUACAGCGAUUGACAGAUUUUGAUUUAUUAUCUCAAUGGUAA